UGGUGAGAGGCUAUUCUAUGACCCCACCCACUCUCAGCAUUACCGAGGAGGAACACACCAUAAACUCCAAGGAUACACUGACUAUUACCUGCAGAGGGCAGCACCCCCUGGAGUGGUCGUGGCCUGGGGGCCUAGUGGACCCUGACCAGGGCGAAAAGGAGAACGAGACCGUGGUAUUGGUGAACCUCAGCGGCGGCCGGACCAUCAGGGAGGAGGACUGCGAGGGCACCGACACAAAGCCCUACUGCAAGGUCUUAGUGCUGACUGGGACCCAGGCUAAUGACACCGGUUACUACCGGUGCUACUACAAGUACAUCAGCGCCAAAAUUGAGGGCACCACUGCGAUCAGCAUCUACGUGUUUGUGAGAGAUUUCGAGCAACCCUUUAUCAACAGACCCGAAACACUCCUCAUCAACAAGAAAGGGAACACCUGGGUGCCCUGCUUGGUAUCCAUCCCAGAUCUUAACAUCACCCUGUUCUUGCCAAGCUCCGUUAUCUACCCAGACGGGAGAAGGAUUCUCUGGGACAACAAGAAGGGGAUGCUGGUCCCCACCCACCUGAUCAAGGACUCCUUGUUUGUUCAGUGUGAAACCAUCAUUGACAAGAAACUCUUCAGGUCCAAUUAUUUCAUUGUGCACGUCACAGGGAAUGAGCUGUAUGACAUCCAGUUGUUUCCGAAGAAGGCCAUGGAGCUACUAGUGGGAGAAAAGCUGGUCCUCAACUGCACAGUGUGGGCUGAGUUUAACGCUGGAGUAAACUUCCAGUGGGAUUAUCCUGGAAAACAGAUGCACCGGGCUGUCGCUGAGCUGCCCGAGAGACGCUCCCAGCAGACCCACACUGAGCUCUCCAGCAUCCUGAUCAUCCAAAAUGUGAGCCAGCAGGACCUGGGGAAAUACGUGUGCAUGGCCAGCAAUGGGGAGCAUACGUUCGAGGAGAGCAUCGAUGUCAUUGUGCACGAGAAGCCCUUCAUCAACGUGGAGUGGAGGAAGGGCCCUGUGAUAGAAGCCACAGCAGGAGACGAAGUCGUGAAACUGCCAGUGAAGGUGGUCGCCUAUCCCCCACCAGAGUUCCAAUGGUACAAGGACGGCAAGUUAAUUCCCAACAAGCAAUCUCCCUAUUCGAUGCAGAUCAAAGACGUGUCAGAACAGAACUCCGGGACUUACACCUUAGUUCUGUGGAACAGGCUGGCUGGUCUGGAAGAGCGCAUUAGCCUCCAGUUAAUAGUCAAUGUUCCUCCGCACAUCCACGAGAAGGAAGCGUCUUCCCCAAGCAUCUAUUCCCGUAGGAGCCACCAGGCCCUCACCUGCACAGUCUAUGGCAUCCCAGCACCAGAAGUGAUCCAGUGGCAGUGGAGGCCGUGGAGUCCUUGCCGGAUGUUCUCACGACGUAGCCUUAGCAAGCAUCGGGCAGCAAGGCGCCAUCAGCGGGACCGAAUGCCCGAGUGCAAGGACUGGGAGGACGUGUCCCCGCAGGAUGCCAAGAACCCCAUUGAGAGCAUCGACACCUGGACAGAGUCUGUGGAAGGAAGAAAUAAGACGGUCAGCAAACUGGUGAUCCAGGAAGCCAAUGUUUCCGUCAUGUACAAGUGCGUUGCCUCCAACAAAGUGGGUAGAGAUGAACGGCUGAUCUACUUCUAUGUGACCACUAUUCCGGAUGGAUUUGAGAUUGAAUCCCAGCCCUCAGAGGAGCCCAUUGAGGGACAGGACCUGAGGAUGAGCUGCAAUGCGGAUAACUACACCUAUGAGAACCUGCAGUGGUACCGUCUGAACCUCUCGAAGCUGCACGAUGAGGAAGGCAACCCCCUCGUCCUGGACUGCAAGAACGUCCACCACUAUGCGACCAAGAUGCAAGGGGAGCUGCGCUUCGAACCCGACUCCAACGACGCUGCCCUGCUGCUCACCAUCCCAAACAUCUCCCUGGGGGAGGAGGGAGACUAUGUGUGUGAGGUGCAGAACCGAAAGACCAGAGAGAAACACUGCCAGAAAAAAUACAUCUCUGUACAGGCCCUCGAGGUCCCCAGACUGAAGCAGAACCUGACAGACAUAUGGGUGAACGUCAGCGACUCGAUAGAGAUGCGUUGUAAGGUGGAUGGCGCUCACAUUCCUGACAUCAGCUGGUAUAAAGACGAGAAGCUGGUGGAAGAGGUUUCAGGGAUUGACCUGGCGGAUUCGAACCAGAGGCUGAGCAUCCAGAGGGUGAGAGAAGAGGACGCUGGGCUCUACCUGUGCAGUGUCUGCAACGCCAAGGGCUGCGUGAACUCCUCAGCCAGCGUCUCUGUGGAAGGCUCCGAUGACCGGACCAACGUGGAGAUCGUGAUCCUCAUUGGGACCGGGGUCAUCGCUGUCUUCUUCUGGAUCCUCCUCAUCCUCAUCUUCUGCAACAUCAAAAGGCCUGCCCAUGCUGACAUCAAAACCGGUUACCUGUCCAUCAUCAUGGACCCCGGAGAGGUUCCCUUGGAGGAGCAGUGCGAAUACCUGCCCUAUGACUCCAGCAAGUGGGAAUUCCCACGGGAGCGACUCCGGCUAGGUAAAGUCCUGGGCCAUGGCGCUUUCGGGAAGGUGGUGGAAGCCUCUGCCUUUGGGAUUAAUAAGAGUAACAGCUGUGAAACUGUGGCAGUUAAAAUGCUGAAAGAGGGAGCUACUGCAAGUGAGCACAAGGCACUGAUGUCGGAGCUGAAGAUCCUCAUUCACAUUGGAAAUCAUCUCAAUGUCGUUAACCUGCUGGGUGCCUGCACCAAGCCCAAUGGCCCACUCAUGGUUAUUGUUGAGUUCUGUAAAUAUGGAAACCUCUCCAACUACCUGCGGACCAAACGGGAAGGAUUCAGUCCUUACAGGGAGAAAUCACCCAGACUGCGCAUCCAGGUCCGGUCCUUAGUAGAAGCAGUGAGAGCAGACAGAAGGAGUCGCUCUGGUACCAGCGACAGCGCAAUCUUCAACAGGCUUCUGAUGAACAAGAGCCAGACAGCACAGCCUAUACAGGAAGUGGAUGAUUUGUGGCAAAGUCCAUUGACUAUGGAAGACCUAAUCUGCUAUAGCUUCCAGGUGGCACGUGGAAUGGAGUUCCUGGCAUCUAGAAAGUGUAUCCACAGAGAUCUGGCAGCUCGGAACAUCUUGCUGUCAGAGAACAAUGUGGUGAAGAUCUGUGACUUUGGACUGGCCCGAGACAUCUACAAAGAUCCUGACUAUGUCAGGAAGGGCAGUGCUCGCCUUCCUCUGAAGUGGAUGGCUCCAGAAAGCAUCUUUGACAAGGUCUACACCACCCAGAGUGAUGUCUGGUCCUUUGGAGUCCUCCUCUGGGAGAUAUUUUCACUAGGUGCCUCACCCUACCCUGGUGUGCAGAUCAAUGAGGAGUUCUGCCAGAGACUGAAAGAUGGUACCAGGAUGAGAGCUCCAGAAUACGCAACUGCAGAAAUUUAUCGUAUAAUGCUGAGCUGCUGGCAUGGGGACCCCAAGGAGAGACCGACUUUCUCAGACCUGGUGGAGAUCCUGGGGGACCUUCUUCAGGAAAAUGUCCAGCAGGAGGGGAAGGAUUACAUCCCACUGAAUGACUCUCAGAGCUCCGAAGAUGACGGCUUCUCCCAAGUGCCAUCCUCUGCCCAGCAGAACUCUGAUGAGGAGGAAUUUGACAUGAGACUACGCUGCCACAGCUUAGCAGCAAGAUACUAUAACUGUGUAUCAUUCCCCGGUUGUUUGACUGGAGGAAAUCAGAUAAGGUGUCCAUCCAGAAUAAAGACAUUUGAAGAGUUUCCCAUGACACACACAAUGUAUAAAACACACCCGGACAAUCAAACGGACAGUGGGAUGGUCCUGGCGUCAGAGGAAUUUGAGAGGAUAGAAAACAGACACAGAAAAGAAGGUGGAUUCAGUAAAGGGCCCAGUCGAAAUGCAGAGUUGGCAGUGGAACAGUCGGACCUGAGAGGCAGGUGUCGACCGUUGUAUCAGUCCCAGGUCGGAGGCCAGACUUUUUACAACAGUGAAUAUGGGGAACUGUCAGAACACUCAGAGGAUGGCAGCUACACCCCACCCGGAGAGGGGGCCAGUCCCUCCGCUGUCCAUGCGUCCUUCUUCUCAGAGCAGUAUUAACAGGAACAGGCUGCAGAGACACCAUGCCAAGACACCACCUUCCACCCUUCAUGCUGCAUUGCCACUGCCAUACGGAGCUUCCCCUCCAACCUAGAACAAACCACAGCAGGAAAUCCCCACAAAACAGAUGGAGAAAGGGAGCGAGAACACCUCGGAAUUACAGACUGAUGACUCAGGAUGCAGCUUCUGAUCCACUCGGGCACAGGAGAGAGCACAUCAUUGAUUGGGAUGUUUUGUUUUAUUUGUAUGGGUGAGACGGACUCAUUCCACUGGUUAGUGUGCAUCUGUGCUGAGUGCUGCAACUGCCUCUCCACAUCCAGCCUCUAUUCAGAUAGGUUUCCACUCAAUACGCCCCAUUUCAGGUCAGAUAUAAAUAGAUCUGUCUGAGUCAAGGCUCUUCCUGGUGUGCAGCUUCAAAUGUUUUUCCUUGGAUUGUUUUUUCUACGCUCUGAGUCUUCAUGACUUCAGCCACUGAGGAGAGAGACAGAACCAAAGGGAAGACUUACGAAGUGGUACCAGCAACAAGAGCAGGACGUUUCCGAGCGGUGGCUGGGAAGAUCCCAGUGGAUUCAGAUAUUCCCCGUAAACAUACCAAUGUGUGUGUAACCCACUAGGCAUGAAAGCACUCCUGGCCCCUCAAAACCACUUCAUCCAGUCCCACCAAUAUUCCUUUGUGAAUUAUCCCCAGGCAUUUAGCAUCCCUAGCAAUGGAGACCUGCCUUUAUAUCUAAUCAGAUGAUAAUUUUUGCCAUGUUAAGCAACAAGCCCUGAAACGGUUAUCAGCUAAUAGCUAAAGUCACCCCAGUGAGAUAGGGAAACAUCCACUGGUUUUGUAGACCUGUGAAAAAGUCAAGUUUUAUACACGCUGUGCUGGCAGCAGGUAACUAACCAUCCCUCUCCCCAGAGCCGUGCUACAGUUUGUUGCUUCAAUUAAAAAGUAAACAAAACAAAGUCAUGUUAAUUUCAGCUGGAUUAUAAACAUAAAGGGAAAAUCAGUGUUUGAUGAAAGGAAAAGAUCAAAGAGGUCGGAUGUGAUAUAUUUAUUUGCAAUGAGCUGUAAGGGUUUUACAAACAACGGAGAAUACAAAGCACAAAGAUAAGGUCCCUUUAAUUGCAUCACUUUGCUGGCAUCACUGCAGUGGAAGAGAGAACCCUGCGUUGUGGGUCUGGUAAGUGCUGUUAACUUGGAUAGACUAUAUUGGCUUCACAUACGUUUGCAAACACUUUCAGCAGCCAGUGAACCAUUGCCCCAGCAGGAUCUCCAAAGGGGAGACCACACCUCAGACAGACUCCUCUUUAGCAUCUAUCACAGCACUUUGCCAGAGUCUGCAGCAUAGUGAACCUGUCUUUCAUUCCAAUGGGCUUUCUUAGCUGUGGGAUCAAGAAGUAUUGGUUUCUACAGAAGCAGCUUCAGUGGCUUUUUUAUGUGAAAUCACAUGAGCUCAGAAGCUCUGGGGACUCUCUGUGCAGCUCAUCUGAACACAUUUCGGUUCUGAUUCCCUGCCAUUCCUCACCUCCUUUUCCUCUCCCUGCCACAGAGUAUCUUCACAAAAGCGUCAGAGGAAUCUUUGUGACGAGGCUCAUUUGAGCAGCUUGUGAGUUUCCUUUUAGCAUCUCAUCCCACACACCUUUCAGAGGCAGACGCUCUCUAUACCUUUGGCGUCUCAGCACCAGAGGAAUUCUGCUUGCAGGCCAGGCUUCUAUGUAUAGAAUUAAGGGGUUUGUUUUGACUUUAUUGUAUCAGAUAUAUUUUUCCAGAUUCUAUUUUUCCUCCAUAAGAGGGUUUUGUGCAUUUAUAAAGCUGGCACUACCGUUGUCUGUACCUUUCCCACAUAGAGUUGUAUGUCGUGGCUGCACUCAAUGUCUUGUCUGUUUGAUUACAAUUCUCUGCACAAGUGUGGGGCUAUGAGUUUACUUGAUGAAUGGGAAUGUAGGUGGUUUUGUUUUUAAAAUUACAUAUAGACAUCCGCAAGGCACAAAAUCAGUCCACCAAAAUAUUGUUCUUCCCUUUUGUGUCAGUGGAAUUAUAGUAUGAUGUGCAUAUCAGAGAGCUGGAGGAGAUUCCCCAAAACUCAGACCUCCCUGUGCCUGCUAAUCCCACUGCACCCCAUGGGAAUUCAACCCACAGAUGUCAGCUGCUAGAGUAGGUUUAAGUUGCAGUCAUGACUCAAGUAAGGAACCCUACUGAUGGAGGCUGCUAGGAGAGACACUGAAUCAGUGCAUCCUCUAGGUGCCUAGGCCAUGCCCUGUGCUAUCACCCAUUUUUCAGCUGCAGCAGCCCCUUCGCUCUGGGGAGGUUGAUUCUGUUCCUGGCUCACUGUGGCAGAAGCUGGCAUAAACCCAGGCUGAAUUUAGCCCACUCUCUUGAUGCAUCCUUUAGACCCAGCCUUUUUUGUCCUGACUAUACUCAUCACAUCUGCCAGCCUUCGAUGUUCCAUAGAAAAGAGUUCACCUGGAAAUACACUUCACUGCAAAAAAGCCCUAAAAAUAUUUACCAAUAAAACAACAAAUAAAACGCCACCGUACAAAGGAGCCAAAAGGCCUUCUCAAUCCGAUGAUUGAAAAUGUACCAGCAAACCCCACAUUUAACAGGGUCCCAGCACAGUUUCCCAGAGCAGUGUGUCCAGGGCUUUUUGAAAUAGCCUGGUUAUCAUCACAAGCAAUGAACCACACUGCUGUCUGUGCUUCUGUAUUCAGAAUACAGCGUGGAUGGGCAUUCCAUAUACGUGUGCACAAGCAUCAGUCUAUGGAAAAGUUAUUGCACUAAAAUCCAUUGUUUAAAGGCAGCCUGGGUGAGUCCAUCUGCAGGUCAAGAGCAAGGAGCUGGAAUGACAUAUUUCAGCAGAGAUUUGCUUUGCUUCCUAUAUUUUGUACCCUCUUUAGGGUGGAGGGGCAGGAGGGGUGGGGGAAUCAAAUCCUAUUAUAUUUGCAACAACAUUAAUACAUGCGUAACAUACCCAUAAUAUGAGUAAACCUGUCUACUCUGCAGACACUCCCUCUGAUGUAGUAUCAAUGUAAUGUGUGACCAUGCACAGUUGUAUAGACACUUGUAUUUUCAGUCAUUUAAAAGCACACUAUCAAGAUUAAAAUGAUAGUGGUAAAAGUUGACAUUCUUUCCUAUGUUAUUGCCACCAUCCAUGAUUAUUAAAAUUGACAGUUUUAAAAAUCAAUGUUUUCAUCAUUUCUGCCAUUUUUUACAUUCUGCUACUUAGGUUGAGCAAUUAAAUGAGGUUGAUCUGUUUCAUUUUCAGUUCUGAGGCACUAGCCCCAUGCUGCAAUGUUUGGGCUUCCACAAUUACAGUAGACAAUUUCAACUUUUAAAACCCCUGGUUUAAUUUCUGUACCUAUUAGGUUUAGCAACACCCUCACUCCUUUUAUUUUUAACUGAACCUAAUUUUUGAGGCUAAGAGAUUUGUUAUUAUGCCUUAAAAAAUGACCAAUAUACUGCUGGUUUCAUUUUCUUUACCACUCAUUAGUUAUUACAGAUCAUUCCUCUCUCAUGAAAAUAAAGUGUUUGACACAGAGCACUGGCAUGUAUUCUCUACUUGCUCGUAUGUAUGCACACCCCCAAUCAAAGCCAUUGGCAUACAUGUGAAUCAAGUAAUGCUUCCUUUACAUGCCAAUAUUUUAAGCUGGUACCAAUUGUUGCCACAGCAGCAUUGAACGUUUUGGUGAAGUGGCCUUUGAUGCACGUGGGGGGUGGAGGGGGGAGAGAGAGAGAGAGUGUGUGUGUGUGUGUGUGUGUUACACAGGAGUGUUUAUGGGUUUUUUAAAAUCACUUUAUUUGAGUCCUGUUUCUGACAGUUCACAGUUAUAUAUCAAACCAGUUAGAACACUGCUUUUUCCCCCUCUCCUCCUAUAGUACUUGUUAAACUUUGUCAUUAAGAGUUUUGUUGUAAUAUCUAAAUGUGAAAUUAAAUAAAGUCAUAACUUUCACCUG